CUGGAACAAAAGUAACAAGAAACAAUGGCGGUGUUGCUAUUCUAGUUCUAGAGUACCAGGAGUAUUUAUGGUCCUCGCGCUAGGAGCAACUACUACUUGUCGCCAGUGCUUCAUGUACAACAUUUAUUCGCAGAUAAAAGAAAAGUUGGUCCGAUAUGAAAUUAUACAACUAAGAGGAGGUACUAGAGUUGCAAAUUUGGAAAACGAACGCAACAAUCAAUAUCCACUGCAAACUUGUCUGGGUUGGAAGAGUAAGUGGAAUUGUAAUGCGUGUCUCAUAGUCAUGCUUCCGGAAAGGAAGUAAAGAUGACAAAGAGAAACUCGGCCUCUUUUGUUGCGUGGAAACGCAGUUGGUAAAUCAUGAUGGAGGUACAAGAACAGGGCAAGAACAGGACGUGUAGGAGCAUGCUACUACAAACUGUCGUGCCUAGCUGCAACGCCACAUAACCCCAGCGUUCCACAUCCUGUCAUUCACAAUUCCGCAUCACAGAUUCUUUCCCGACCUAGAAGGAUUUUUUGCAGUGGAUACGAUACAACUCAAUUUUACAACUAGAGGCUGCAGCGUAUCAGCUUGAUGAGCAGACGUUUACUCGAGAAUCAUCAAUGACAAAGGAUGUAAUAUAAUUUUUUCGUUCACAAUUACAAACAAUUUACAACCACAGCUUUUUUACAACUACAGUUUUUUCGUGAAAUUAGCCACCGAACAAUGUUGAUAAACAACUGUUGAGCUUCUAAUUACUGGUCUUAAUCCCAAACUAGAUAUUCAUCAGACUUGGUCUAUUCUUCGGGCUUUGAAGAAACGAAAACAAUAUGGCAAUGGUUGCAAAAUGAUACCUGAGAUUCGGAAAUUAAUAAAGAGACAAUUGAAUUAGAAUUUGAAAACAAAAACUGUAUAUCUGAAAUAUGGGCAAGAGAGUGACAACAUAC